ACGAUAUGGAAAUAAACCAGCAUCCAUUUGCUCUGUGGUGCCACUGGAACGCCCUGCGCGGGACAAACAGCACAUUCCUGACCGAAACAGAAGUCCCCGUGCCUGACUUGGCAGGGAAAUGGGUUAUUAUAACAGGGGCGAAUAAUGGAAUCGGGUCUGAAGCAGCAAAAACAUUCGCAGAGGCCGGUGCAAAUGUCGUGCUUGGCUGUCGCGAGCCGCCGGCCUGGGAAACGCACCCGGCCGCUGCAGCGGAGAAAUGCAAGGAGUUGGCACAGGCAGCCGGGCAUGAAUCAACGAUAGAAUGGUGGGAGGUCAAUAUGGCCGAUUUAAGCACUGUCGAGGAGUUUGCAGAGAAGUGGAUAUCGACUGGGCGCGGGCUUGAUAUCCUCUGCAACAAUGCCGGGAUCAGUCCGACGGCGUCGAAGAAACCGAUUUUAACAACGGAUGGCUUAGAGUUAUUGCAUCAGGUAAACUUUGUAUCGCAUGUACUUUUGACCCUUCGGCUAUUGGACUCCCUCGCAAAGAGCGCAGAGCCACGAGUCGUGUGUACAACGUCUUGCUUCCACUUUCUAGGAAGAUUUGACCUAGAGCAUUUCAACGGCGAAGACGGAAUGGCAGGGGAUCCGUACGGCAACAACAAACUAUAUUUCCAGACCUGGCUGUGCGAGCUACAGCGCCGACUGCAUUCAACCGACAAGUAUAAGCACAUCACCAUCAACGGGAUCAACCCCGGCUAUGUGAAUACCGGAAUCUGGAACAACCCUCGGCCAGAUGUUCGGGAAUCAUGGCUAGAUCUUGGGAUGAAAAUCCUGAAACCACUCUCUGCUCUAUUCGGUAUCACGCCUCAACAGGGUAGUCGCGCUAUCGUCUAUGCCGCCACGAGUCAGGAGUUUGGCCCGAAUCCUGACGUUCAGGGGGUGGGAUUACUUGGCGGCAAAGGAGGAGGUCAUUAUAUUAAUAGGAUAUGGGAGGCUGAAGCGAUGCCAUACUGUACGAAUGAUGCUGCCAGGCUUGCAGUUUGGGACAGGGUCGGCGAGGACUUGGACCUGGAGAAGAGGGGGUUGAGCGACGUUAUAUAAGACUUCUAGCAACGUAUAUAUUCAAUACAGCCUGG